AUGAUCAGCGGCGAAGGAGAUAUCGUUCAAUUGGACAAGAUGUACAACCAGAUGAAGACCGAGAGAGACGCUGCCACCGCUGAGGUUGCCGACCUCAAGGCCAAGGUUGCCAACUUGGAGAAGUCCCUCGAAACCAGCAAUGACAAUAUCAGCCGCAUGGAAAAGGAGAGAGACAACGCGGUUGCCCAGGCAACUGAGAACAAGCAGAAGCUCGACAUUGGUUUCGCCGCCUUCACUAAGCAGUUCAACCAGUUCAACGAGACCGAAAAGCAGAAAGACGCCGCAGUCUCUGAUGCUGCCAAGAACAAGCAGGAGAGGGAUACCGCUGUCGCUGAUGCCACCAAGACCCGGGAGAGGCUGGAUGGCAGUUUUGCGUACUUCACCAGGAUGUUUAGCCACAUGAAAAAGGAGAGAGAUCUGGCUAAGGAGAGAAACGUGGCCAAGAAGGAGAGUGUUGUUGCCUACAAGGAGAGAGAUUGGGCGCUCGCCAGAGCCGGCAAGGCCAAGCAUAUCCUGGAUAACGACAAUGCCAGUUUCAUCAAGCAGCUCGACGAGGAGAAGCUAGGUAUCGAUGACGGCAAACAGGCCCUCAAAACCGCAAUGGCCAAGUCCGAUCGUGAGAUGAAGAAGAUGAAGUCUUCAACGAGAAGGCCCAAGAGGUGGAAUCUUUGGAGGGCGAGGUCGAGGCCUUGA